GCUCACAAGCGGUCUGUGUUGAUACCGGAUAUGAAUUUUCUGCAGCAUAGGAAGGAGGUCUGUCCUCGUUUUCUACCCAUUCUCCGCUUUUAAUGCCCUAGCAUAGAAGAUUGCAGUCUUAUACAAAUUUAUGUACUAAUGAUUGGAAUAUCGAAAUUCUUGGAGCAUGGAUGACGAGCAGUUGCGUGAAUUAUUUUCCUCCUUGGCCGUGUUGGCCCAACAAGGACCAAUUCCAGUGCAAGCCUACAGCGUUUUGGUGCACAAUCAUUCACCAGAAGUGUUAGCCGAACAAUUACAUCAGCGAUGGUUGGCUGAUGGCCGUUUCGCAAACAUUGCUGCCAAUAUUGUGCUUCAUGUAAGAAAAACUAACUCAUCAGGACUUGCUCUAUCGUCUUGCAUCCUGGCACUGCUGUUGAAUGAUUACCGCAAUCGUCUGGAAGUGAGAAAUCGCUCAAAACUUAUGUUUAGAAACAGCGUCAAAGCCUUGUUUGAAAUAUAUGUUGUCUUUCUGGAGAUUGACUCUUGCAUUGCAAAAUGUCUUGAGAAACCGAUGUUUAAGUGUUUGGAUUUCUUAAUCGAUAAUCACCCAGAAUCCGAAGACCUUGUGACCAUGGGAGUAUUGUUAACAGAGCAUGGGAUGACAAUGAAUAAUUUGAAUCCCUAUCUGAUUGAUCGAUUGAUCGUAAAAAUGAGAGAAAAAAUAUGCUCAGACGAUGAUCAAAUGAAUGGGUAUAUUAGACGAAUCUUCCUCCACGUAUUAGACCUUUGGGCUUUCGGAUGGAAUGAAUUGACCAUACCAGAGAGCCUAACAAUGCAAUAUAAUGACAAAAUUCGUGAUGAUAGUCCUGUGCGCGAACGGAAGAAGGAUGUUGGAAAACAAGAAUUCGGAAGCAAAGAGAGUAUUGUUUGAUUUCCUCGGGUACCUUGUACAGAAUGCCUACGGGUAUCCCGUUUCUGUGAGCAUACAUUGUAAAUAGUGAAAUGUGAGGUUGUUGUGUCAAUUAUUAUUCAUUUCUUUCAUUUAUAGUAAAUGUAC